UAUAACUUCAGAAGAGUCAAAAGUCCGUAACGUUUUCUUCGACAUGGAGCUGUUUGGCAAGAUGGGAUCGCUGCCUGCAACGCUACUCUUUCUCUUCUUGAUCGUUUCUUCUCAUUUCUCUCCCUCCAUUGGAGGUGACAUCCUAACCCCAGGCCAACCCCUCUCCGACGGCCAAGAGUUGAUCUCAGCUGGGGAAAGAUGUGCCUUAGGCUUCUUCAGCCCUGUCAACACUAGCAAUCGCUACGUCGGCAUAUGGUACAAGGUCUCAUCUGAUACCAUCGUGUGGGUUGCCAAUCGCCAGCACCCGAUCUCCGAGCGCAACGGUAGCCUGUCGAUCGCCGCCAAUGGAACUCUCAUCAUCACCGACCAGAACUCUAAACCCAUCUGGUCCUCAGGCUCGUCGGGCCUCGCCAGUCCAGUCGCGCAACUCUUAGACGAUGCCAAUUUCAUCGUUAAAGAGGCUAAGGGUGACGGUAAUAUUGUUCCAGGGAGCUUUGCAUGGCAGAGCUCCGACCACCCGACCGACACUCUGCUCCCAGGAAUGAAGUUCGGGUGGAACCUAACGAGUGGCCUCAACCGUAACAUCACAUCAUGGGCCAGUCCUAGCGACCCAGCGCCGGGUCCCUACACCAUGUUUCUGGAUCUCCAUGGCGACCCCCAGAUAAUUUUGUUGGAAGACUCGAACCAACGGUGGCGCGUCGGACCAUGGAACGGGCAAAGAUUCAGUGGCAUCCCGGAUAUUAUGCGUUAUAAGGUCUUCAUAUUGGACUUUGUCAUCAACAACGACGAGGUUUUCUAUAUGUACAACACCACCAGCAUGUCCAUCAUCGCGAGACUUACCGUGGACUACACCGGCCAGGUCCAACGCCUUGUCUGGCUCAAUGACAGCCAAAUGUGGAGCGUCUACUUGUCUGAGCCGAAGGACAUAUGCGAUUAUGUGUCACAAUGCGGGGCUUAUGGGGUCUGUAAUCCUGACGACUCACCUGUAUGUACUUGUUUGCAGGGAUUUAAGCCUAGGUCGCCGGAAAAUUGGGAUCUUAGAGAAGGGAAAGACGGGUGUGUGAGGAUGACGGAGCUAGACUGUCGGAACGGGACUGAUGGGUUUGUGACAAUAGAGGAGACAAAGCUGCCGGACACAUCAAGGUCGACGGUGGAUAGGAGCAUAGGACUGGAUGAGUGUAGGGCGUCGUGCUUGAGGAAUUGUUCAUGCACCGCCUAUGCUAGUGCUAAUAUCAACGGGACCGGAUGCAUAAUUUGGACGACAGAGCUCACUGAUAUUAGGGUGUAUACUUUUGGUGGACAGGAUCUCUACGUCCGGCUAGCAGCGGCCGAUCUAGGCCUGGAAUCAGAUCAUUCGCAUUCACGUACCAUAGCUGGGAUUGUGGUGGGCUCUGUUGCGGGGAUUCUGCUGCUUUCUUCGGUGGGCAUUUGUGUUUGGAUGAAGAGGAGAAGAACAGUUUCCUUAGGUGCCAUUCCCUUUGCUAGUCACCGCAACAACGAAUACAAGGACGGCAAGGACUGGGACCUUCCUCUAUUUGAUCUGGGGACAAUCAUUGCAGCGACGGACAACUUCUCAAUCGAAAACAAGCUUGGAAAGGGUGGCUUCGGUCCCGUGUACAAGGGAAUGCUUGGGGAGGAGCAAGAAAUAGCUGUGAAGAGGCUUUCAAAGACUUCGACACAGGGCGCUGAUGAAUUCAUGAAUGAAGUGAUGCUGAUUGCUAAGCUUCAGCACCGAAACCUAGUUCGGCUUCUAGGUUGCUGCACUCAAGGAGAGGAAAGGAUGCUAGUAUAUGAAUACAUGCCUAAUAAAAGCUUGGACGCCUUCAUCUUUGAUAAAGAUAAAGGUGUGCUACUGGAUUGGCAAACCCGCUUCAACAUUAUAGAAGGGAUUGCUCAAGGUCUUCUCUACCUACACCGAGACUCGAGACUUAGAAUUAUACACAGGGAUCUUAAAGCUAGUAACAUUCUUCUUGAUAAAGAUAUGAACCCUAAAAUAUCAGACUUCGGGUUGGCAAGAAUAUUUCGAGAGGAUGAGACGGCACUAAAUACUCGGAGAGUUGUGGGGACGUAUGGAUACAUGUCUCCUGAGUAUGCCAUGGAUGGUGUCUUCUCGGUGAAAUCUGAUGUAUUCAGCUUUGGUGUCUUAGUACUUGAAAUCAUUAGCGGCAAGAAGAACAGAGGCAUUUCCAUAUCCGAGUAUGAAGGAAACCUUCUAGCACAUGCAUGGAGUUUAUGGAUGCAUGGUAAUGGCUUCGAACUAGUAGAUAAAUCAAUCAGCAACUCAAUUUCCAUGGUUGAAGCCUUGAACUCCAUAAAGGUUGGCUUAUUGUGUGUUCAAGAAUGUCCAAAAGAUAGGCCGACGAUGUCUUCUGUGGUAUUGAUGUUGAGCAGCAAGAAUGCAUCCUUAACCGAUCCUAAACAUCCUGGUUUUUUUCCAACAAGAGCUUCCUCGACAACCGAGUCAUCAAAAAGCAAGACAAACUCAGCAAGUAUAAAUGAAUUAUCGGUUACAAUAGUUGAAGGUCGAUGACUGUUAGAUCGAGGUGGUAAAAUUUUUUCAUACUAGAGACAAGCUAUGAAAAGUUCUUGUUCUUUCAGUGUCCAUGCUUUCCUUUGAACUAUCUCAAGUCCUAAUCACAAGUUAGGAGUCCAUUAGUGUAAAUUAGUUAUACUAGGUAUUUUGUAUAAUAUUUUGAAAAUAAUCGAAAAAACUAUAAAUUUAAAUUGUUGUUCAUCCAAAAGAAGGCAACAAAGCAUAUUCUCGUUUAAAUCUUAAAAUAGUGACCAUGAGGGAGAGCUAAAAUUUGUUGCUAGUUUGGAUUCACCAGCUGAAAAAAGAAGCAGAAUAUCCUACAAAUAGGGGAAAUGACCAUUUCCAAGAUUCCUAUGUAUAAAUGGCCAACAUUUCUCGGAUGAUUGGUUCAUGUAUGAAAUAAAAGUGGAUCAAUUGGGGAAGAGCUCGAAUGGAGACGAUUAACCAUGAAAGGUAAUGGGCCCAUGGUAAGAUGUAACAUGGUACCAACUUUCUUUCUAGAAAAAAAAAAUAGUGACUUUGAGAACUUCAGCAAAUUGCAACAUCUUAUUUUCGUACGGUGACAAUUUAUAUUAAGCGUGCAAACAGAUCGGAUCGGACGGAGUCAUGAGUGAUCCAGAUCCAACUCGGCCCAUGUUCAGGUCCCAAUUUUAGGCUCAGACUCAACCCAAUAGAAGAUCGGGUCAGGUCGAGUCGGGUCCAUAGCUACAAAUCAUAAGGCAAGGACUCGAUCAGGGCUAGGGUUAACUAACAUGGUUCAUCAAUUAAGGUUUCAAAGACAUCGAGUCGGAGUGAUCGGUCCAAUAGGCAGCCCGGGCACCAGGACAAAAUCGGGGCUUUUAUAGGGAUCAACUUGGAUUUGUAGAUCAAGUUGACAGGACCAGAUAUUGGGUUCCUUGGACAUUCUAGAGAGAGAAAGUAGGAAGUGGAGAGAGGAGAAAGAAAGUAGAGAGAAAAAGUGGAGAGAGGAGGGUAGAGAGAAGAGAGAGGAAAUAAGAGAGAGAGAGGGACCGGUCGGUCUCUCUGUCUCCUCCCCUUCUUCUUCUUCUUUAGUCCUUUCUUUCUUCUUUCUUCCUUCUUCCUCGGUAAAACGAAAGAUAGAGAGGAUGGCUUGGCUGUGGUCAUGUGGUCCGGUGAGGUGACGACCGGAGAUGGUGGAGGGUAGUGUUGGGCAGCUGGCGGCGGUGGCCGACCGGCCGAAGCCAACCCAAAACAGGGCCGAACAGGGAAGGUUUUGGGCUUGAUUGUCCUCAAAUACCCAGCCUGCUCGCCGGCGGCUGGGUAUUGACUCCAACCCGGGGCAAAUGCAAGGAAGGGCUGAGGCCCUCGGCGACGAACGCCGGCGGCGGCGGCGGUCGAAUAAGGGGAAGAAAAACAGGGGAAAACCAUGGUUCUCUUUGCCGGUCGAUUUCCGGCUGCUUUCUCGGCCGGCGAACAUGGAUCCCAAUCGUGGGAAGAAGAAGAAGAAAUGGAAGGGAGGCGAGAGCGUUACCUCUGCUCUAGUGGCAUCUGACGGCCCUAAUUUCUGGUGGCACAAGUUCGAGCAGCCGUGAGCUCUACCGGAGAAAAGAGAGAGGAGAGAAAAAGGAACAAAGGAAGGGAAGGAGAGGAGAACGGAAGGGAGAUGGAGGAGGAAGAAGGAAAGAGGAAGAGGAGGAGGAAGAGGCCGUGGGAGAUCGGUGGAGUCGGUGGUUUUUAUACCCCACCCGGAGUGGAUAAGGAUGAAUGGCCGUUGGCUGCUCGGACAGGGGAUCACGAUCCCUGUUCUUCCCUUCUUGUUUUUUUCUCUUCUAGCUUCUGAAGCAGAAGCAGGCUGCAAAAGAGGCAAUAAAUUGUAUAAAGGUGGGUCAUCCAUGUGUGCAAAAACGCCCGGAAGAUCGACCAUCGAUGUCAUUUAUAGUGUUUAUGUUGGGUAGUGAUAGCGCGGCAUUACCAAAUCCUAAACAACUUGGUUUUGUUACAGGAAGACUUCCCCUUGAAGUAGAGUCAUCUUCAAGCCAGCAAGAUUCAUGUACACUGAAUAAUAUGUCAGUUACAAUGUUACAAGGCUGAUAGCUUGAUAGAUUUUGUUGAUUUUUGUAGAAAAUAUGAAAGGCAAAGCUUGCUAAUUAACUCAACGGAGCUUAUCU